AAUUGAAAGAUUCAAUCACCAACCGUCAUGUAACGUGACACAAAUGCCCUUAUUUCCCCUUCUCCAAGCCCAACAAAGCUUCUUCCUUUACAGACCAAAACCCUUGUUCAAAUUCCGCAGAACCCAUUUUUUCCGCUCAAGAAUGUCUUCAAACUCCGAUUCCCUCCAAAAUUACCCAACACCUUUAUCCCCUCCAUUGCCGUCAAUCUCAAAAGACAUUGAGCUUGCCAGAGCGAUGACAGCUUCUUCAAAAUCAAGCCUUUUUGAACUCUCAAAAAGUGAGAUUUUAUAUGAAGAUGAGUGGCUCAUUGCCGUCAACAAACCUCAGGGGAUUUAUUGUGAUACCGUUCUAGCUUCUGUUCCUCGCUUUCUAUCUGACUCGCCCGAUUCAGAUCGGCUCUGCCAAGAGAACCAAUCCAGCACAUUAGAGCUCCAUCUGGCAAAUCGACUUGAUCGUGACACGAGCGGCAUCAUGGUUAUUACCAAGUCGCACAAAGUAGCUUCUAUGCUCGUCAAAGCAUUUACUAAUCACAAGGUUCAGAAAACAUAUGUUGCUUUCUGCAUUGGUUCAGCUCCACAAUCAGAAAGAAUCACCAUCAAAUCAGGUCAUGGUCGAUCAAAGUUUGGAGCAUGGCGUGUGUAUGCUGCAGGAGAUGUAGGUCGAAAACUACCAGGAGGUUCCGUAGUUAGGGACAUGGAAACUACAUUUGAAGUGUUAUCAAUCAAUGGACAGCAUGGGUGCAAGGAGCCAUCUGAAUGUGUGAAAGAUGAAGAAAAUAGUAUUGUAGUAGAAGAAAAAGCUGUUAUCGAUGUUGAUGCAAAGAAAGACGAAAUUUUGGUUAGAGCAUUUCCUCGAAGUGGAAGAACACAUCAAAUCCGAUUGCAUUGCCAAUAUCUCGGGUUUCCUAUAAGAGGCGAUGUGAAAUAUGAGGGAGUCUAUGAGUGGAAAGGAAGAACAUAUGAUGCCCACGAGCUUCACGCAGAGACCUUGUCUUUUCAGCAUCCAAUUACUGGUUUCCCUCUCAUGAUUCAAGCACCCCUUCCUUUUUGGGCUAGCCAAGCACUGCAGCUUCUAAUAGAUUGAAGGGCGUUCCCUGCAUGCACCCACGCAACUUUUAGCUUCAGAAGAUCCCCAAAAAUAUGGUAAGCUAAUUCGAUGUGAUUAUUUCUCAAGA